GCUACACUUUAGCUGCCGUCUCGAUCGGCCCAGCAGCAGGGUUGGUGGUGGUGGUGCUGGUGGCCGAGCCAGCUGACGGAAUCGUGAGUCGGCUACUCUGGUUGUUUAUAUUGAAGACCGCUCCCCCCACCACUUGCUCUGUGUCGCCCCACUCCAAUCGAAGGUUUGCAGCAGCGCCUGACGGACAGCCCAAGUUCUUCUCCUUCUCCUUCUCCUUCCCGUGGACGAUUCGACUUUUCCUGACCGUGUACUUUCGGCCAUCUCGAAGAUCAAUCGACCACCCACUACCCCUCUGUUCGGGGCUCACUCUCAUUCGUUCCUGUAUCGUUCGCUCGUUCGUUCGUCCGUCAGUCCUUUUCGUACAUAAUGGGUGUCCACGAUUUCAACAAAAAGCAGCGCUCGUGCAUGAGCGGCCUCAUGUCGGCGAAACGGCGUCGUUCCUUCAUCUUCGCCGGCGCUUUCAUAGUCUUUCUUCUCUUGAUCCAUGUAUCCUCGUCCUCAUCUCCCUCCGCCUCCUUGUUGAGGGGGUACGGAUAUGGGAAGAUUCAGGUCUUCAAGCAGGCUCCGUCCAUGGAGACUUCCAGGUUGACGCUCGACAACUUAUUAUCCCCGGACCAUAAGAUUGUCCGCAUCAUCAACGAGACUUCAAAGGAUUUUGAGCCCGAUUAUGUCUACCAUAGGCGGCUGGGCCGUGGAUACGAAGGUCAAGCCGACGUCUACACGUGCCAACGCACAAAGAAGACGGUAAUCAUCAAGACCUUCUUCUCCACAACUUGCAUGCAGCUGGCACCACGGAGAGUGUCGGAUCGUCUGUACUAUGAACACAACAUCACCGACACUAAAUGGCCCUGCGACAUCAAUGCGACCCUGCGCCGCUACAACAACGACUCCAGUUCCCUCACCGGCGAGGAUCUCACAACUCACGCCAUAGAUGCAUUCUACGUUCCCAGCAACAGCACCGACAAGUCCCGUCCGCUCCUCUGGAAGAUGGUGUUGCCGCUCUACGGCGGUGCCCUCGACUCCCCGACCGAGGCCCUCUCAUACCUCAACAUGUCCACCACGGCCAUCGACUUCCUGUACCGGCCGCGAUACCGCACCGUCUUCGAGGGUCUGGCACGCAUGCACACGACGCAGGACCCACUGCUCAACAACACGGGCUUCUGCCACGACGACAUCAAGAUCGACAACCUCUUCCUGCGCAACGGCCUGCACGAGAUCAUCCUCGGCGAUCUCGGCCAGACCCGCACGCUCGACGACAAGUUCCACAACGGCUGGGUUGACUGCCGACUCGUCGAUGCCCACCGUGCGUGGAAGACGUACCUCGUCCUCAUUCGCGAUGCGUCCAUGCGCGGCCGCGGGCCGAGCGAGUUCGACGCCCAGUUCGUCACCCGCACCACCGAGUGGGCGGCCGCGUACUGGCGCUGGCUCGAGAAGGAGCGCACCGUGCCGCAGCACAUGAUCGACGCCCAGGCUGACGCGGAGUGGAAUGAGGCGACGACGAAGGGCUUCUGGGACACGGCACCGCAAGGCACUACCAUCGAUUUCCCCGUGUUCGAGAACGGCGUCAUCAUGCGAGUGCCGAUGAGCCGCGACGAAGCGUUCCAGCAUCUGGAAAUCAUGAGGGUCGAGUUCGAGGCCUUCAAGAAGGCGAAGAACGACCAGACCGCUGGAGACUGGGCGCCGUGGUGGUACUGGAACAGGCCGAUCGUGUUUGGUAACGGACAGAUCGAGCAGGAGCUGAAGGUCAUCAACGGCGCCAAGUUGGUGGGCUUGGGUGGUAACGGCUACAACUGAUCAUGAUGCUCACUCUUUUCUUCUCUUUUCUUUUUUCUCACGAUGCAUUUUUCGCUGGAGGCCUUUCUUUCCACCUUUCUGCUAGGGAGUGGAUCGCUACAUACGGUA